GCCAUUUCAGAUAAGACAGGCCAAGACUGUUAACUGACAACUUAACCCUAAGUAGCAGUAAGUUGCAACUACUCAGAAACAACGCUGUUGGCCAAUGAUGGCGCAGCGAGGGUGGGCGGGGGAGGCGUGGCCACUGGCCGGUGGUCGCUGCUGCCGUGGCUGGGCUGCCAGUCAGAGCAAGCAAGGAGCAGGGCAGCCGGGGGUGCCUUCCUUUCUAACCGCGCCAGUGCGGCGCCAACGGCGAAUAAAUUGGCGAGGAGGCUGCGCGCGGGCCCACUGGGUGUUGGGUGGGAGUAAGCGACCUAUGAUUAAUAAGAGGACACUCACAGGAAUAACGAGCAUUCAGGAGGAUAUCAGGCCACAGCCGCCGCACAUAUGGCGCGCGAUCCCCGCUCCACUGCUGCAACCUCACCACUCCCGGCCGCACCAACUAAUUAAUUCGCUCGCCUUUUGCACCUGCCUGCUGGCGGCGUCAUUGGGUAAACCGGGCAGCCGUGAUAUUAGCAUUGGCAUCGAUAUGCGUUCUGCAUCUAUCAUAGCGAAUACCGUAUUAUUGAGCAAUACAAUAUAACCUAUGUCUGUGAGUAUGGGGCUGGCGCUCGGCGCGAUUUCCUGUUUAGCGCCUCGCCGGUGCCGCUCUGGCGCGCGGCCCAUAACAGCUGUGUCUGCCUGCUGUUGCGCGCGCUUUGGUUUCGGAGAGUAUGUGGCUAUAUUUGAUAUUAUUAUAAUGAUUGUUUUACCAUUUACUUUUAGUUCCGUUAUUAGUCUUCUCAGUCCUGGCUGGC